AUGGCACACCCUUCACAACUCCCACAACUUCCUCACCUCCCACAAAAUCUCAUCCUCCUCAUCGCCGAAAAGCUCAACUUCAGAGACACCAACGCCCUAGCACGAACAUGCAGCACCCUAUACGAGCUCCUAAACCGCUACCUCUACCACCGCAGCACCAAAUUCCGAGGCCAAAGAUCCGCAGUCCUCUUGUGGGCAUGCAAGAACAUCCAGCCCCAAACCGCCCGCCAUGCUCUCCGGGCCGGGGCAGACAUCAACGCGUUCGAUACAUCGUACUCUCCUGCGAGUGCAGCCCUGACCCGAGCACUAGAAUGGAUCGGUCCAGCAUCAAAAGCCCUGGUUAACCGCACAUCAUGGAAAUCCAUACCCGAGGCAGAAAAGGAACGAAUUAUGGAAGACCUGAAAGUGCGAUGGCAUCUUCUACUAACGGUCUUGCUGUCCCACGGCGCAAACACAAACACCAGAGGAACGGACGGGUUAAGGCCAUUGCAUAAGACGAUUGCGUUACCAAAUGCGGUAAAUAUUAUCAAGGGUUUGGUAACCCAUGGUGCAUCUGUUAAUGAUCCCGGCGAUGAUAUCACCCCGUUGCAAAUGGCUGCCUGGGCAGGGAAGAUCGAUAUAAUGGAGUUUCUCAUAAAAGAUGGAGCCAGCAUCAAAACGCGCAGGAAGCAAACUGGCGAGACGGCACUGCAUGCGGCUGCGAGGGCGGGGAGGGUCGAAGCAAUGAAGCUGCUUCUUGAGCAUGGGGCUGAGGUUGAUGCGGGGGAUUUUGGCAAGAGUACGCCUCUGGACUAUGCCCUCAAGUAUGCAACUGGGUUGCCGAAACGGCCGAUUAUUGAGUUUCUAGCUGCGAAGGGGGCUGAUGUUUUGGCGGUGAAUAUCUCGGCGUUGAAGAGGGUUAUCUUGGAUGAGUAUUUUAUGGAGGCUGUGGAGUGUUGGACUAGCUGUGGGAGUGAGAUCUCAGUUGAAGAGGACAAGAUUUUGAUAGACUUGGAGCAAUGGUGUGAGAGACCUCAUACGAUCAAGUGUGUUCUGGCCACGACCAGGAGUACGGCUACUGGUGAUAGUAAUUGA